AAAAAUAAUAUUAUCAAAGCAUUUGAUUACAUAAUUACAAUAUGAAAUGAGGCGGUAAGCAAACUGACAUUGCUACUCAUUUGUAGAUAUGACUUCGUCCAGUGAUAAAGUGUUAAAUAGUUCCAUCAAGAUCUAUUUUCGGCAAAUUUUAGCUGCUGUAACAGCUACAUUGUUUGCCGUUUCCGAUGGAAUGACAUAUGGCUGGACGUCGCCUAUGAUCCCAUACCUUGUAAGCGAAGAUAGUCAUAUCCAAACCACACAUUAUGAAGCGGAAUGGUUAGAAACAGCAUUGCUAUGUGGAGCACUGUGUGGUUUGCCACUAACAAUAUAUGGUGUGGAUAAAUUUGGUAGAAAAAUGUCGCUCAUUUUCGCCUCUUUUACAAUAUUAAUUGGAUGGUUGUUGAUCGCACUAGGGAACACAAUGGUGUAUCUAUUUGUUGGAAGAUUUUUUCUUGGUAUGGCGGGAGAUAUGGCAUUUGUAGCAUGUCCAAUGUAUAUGGCUGAAAUAUCUGAUCAGAAAAUAAGAGGAUUUUUAUCUGGAAUAAUUUACAUGAUGGUCCACACUGGAACAUUCAUUGUUUACAUUAUUGGCCCUUACACACCACAUUACGUAACACCAAUCGUUGGUAUAAUCCUUGUCACUACAGAAUUAUUGGUCUUCAGUUUUAUGCCAGAGUCCCCUUACUUUUUAAUAUCUAAAGGAAAACAGGAAGAAGCGAAAAAAGCGUUAAAAUUUUUCAAACCUUACCAAGACACUGAAAAAGAAGUAGCUCAUAUAACAGAAACGUUAGCUAAACAAAAUGUUACAAAAGCAAAUCCACAGGAUUUAAUUUUGGUCAAAAGUAAUAGAAAAGCAAUCACUAUUAUGACAGUACUUAACACCGGUCAACAUCUAUGUGCCUAUACUGUAAUUUUAAUGAACUUACAUUUAAUUUUGGCGUCUGCUGGAUCAAUUUAUAUGGAUUCUGCACAAACAGCUAUAGUAUUUGCGGCUAUAAUGUUGGUUUCGGUUACUUUCGCAUCACUUCAAGUAGAUAAGUAUGGAAGAAGAAUGUUAAUAAUGGUAUCAGCAAUCGUUUCCGGAUUAUGUCUUGUAGCACUGGCCGUCUAUUUUCAUUUAAAAUAUUUACAAAUCGAUGUGUCAAGUUUCAGUUGGAUUCCCUUAGUAUCGGUAAUGGUAUAUGCCGCUUUCUUUAAAGCUGGUGCAGGGUUAGUACCUAUUAUAUUAACGGCAGAAAUAUUCCCCAGCAAUAUGAAAGCUAUUGGUAUGACUAUAGCUGAUGGUAUGUUUAUACUGGGUGGUAUUAUUGCUCUUCAAAUAUACCAGAUUUUAUCAAGACUUAUAAAUAUUUUCGUACCAUUUUAUGUUUUUGGUGGUUAUGCUUUCUUUGUAGCGGUAUUUACGUACUUUUGUAUUCCUGAAACUAAAGGUAGGUCUUUGGAAGAAAUUCAAAGUAUUCUAAAAGGCGAACCAGUAGAGAAAUUAAAUAAAAAAUUAAAUAAAGAAAUUGAAACAAUUUCAUAGGUAAUUUUUCUUGUUUUUUUUUUAAUUUCUCUUAACUACUGACACGGAUGUUUCGAGACGUAGACUCUGACCUGUGGUAUGUCAUACCGUUGCCUAUUUUUAUUUGUUUUCGAUAUAAAUUUGUCUUAUAUCAAAAAAAGUGGUGAAGGUUCUUACAAAAUCUUUUAUCAACCGAAUUACAAACAACUGAGUACUUAUUGGUAACUCAAAAAUAGUAAAAUAGUGCUUUCACUGGUCUGACUGUAACUGUAGAAACGUAAACACUGAUAUGCGGUACGUGAUACCGCAAGAAAACUUGUCGUAGCUCAAAGCCAUACUAAAACUGCAGCAGUUGAGAGCAGGUACAAUUACACACCACUUGAAGGUACACAGAUGGUGUUUUAGAAAUCUUUUAUAAAACACGGUUUACAACAAAAUAUAUUCUCCGCAAGGUAUGACAUACUGUAUGUCAAGUGAUUAAGGGAUAUCUUAAAAUAUGCAAAGAAUCAUAAAACGAUAUAUUCCUAUUAGUCCGUUCUUUAACGGUAAAAUAUUGCAAAACCUCUAAAUUUUAAAGAACCGCUUGGAUUGACAUGAAAUUUGGCAUACACAUAGCUAACAAGUCAAAGAAAAAAAUUGAUAUUGUGCCGAUAUGUGCUUUUGCCCUGGGGUGGUUUUCACCCCCUCUUGGGGGUGAAAAAAUAUUCGUCCAAAGAAAGUCAGGAAAUGGAUAAACUGGCUAAUUUUAAGUAACUUUUGUUCUAUAGUGUUUUUUGACUAAGUCAAUACUUUUCGGGUUAUUUGGCAGUGAAUAUGUUCAUUUUUUCAACAAAAUAACCACGCUUUUAGACGGUUUUUCGCAAAUAACUCUAAUAGUAAGUAUUUUGUCGAAAAAAUAUUCGUAGUAAAAAUAUAGCCUGUAAAAAAUUUAAAAAAAAUGGUGUAUAUAUCACGUCUCUACACCUGGUAGAAGCAGAGUUAUUGCUAAUGAAAAAUAGGUUCAUAUUCGUCAAAUUCCAAAUGGAAUACUUUAACGUGAAAUAACCAAAAGUGAAGCACAUUUCGGGGAAAACUCAUUACAACUUAUUUAAAGUGUUUAAAAGAAAGCUUCAUUCUGUUUUAUAAAAAAAAUUUCUAGCAUCAAAAUUAAACAAGUUAUGCUCAAAAUAAAGCUAGUCCUUUUUUUUUGGUAAAACAAUCGAGAAAAUCACCCCCUAAUUAGUAUCUUAGAUGAACUUAAUCGUUACUACUUCACAAGUUUCUUGACUCAUGUAUGUAUUGUUUAUAUGAUCUGUAAGUUUCAUCGGUUCAAAGUCCUUAUUAUUGAAAGGGCUGUACUUAAAAGGGGUUGAACGAAUCACUGAUUACGAAUGUAUGCAAAUUUAGAAACACCAAAUCUUAAUCAAUUUUUGUCUAACAGAAAAACAAAAAUACAUGAUAUUCAGAAAAGCAAAUGUGACUUUUUUUGUUUUUCGAGAUUUUUGGUAUCUCUAACAAUUUUUAAGUUAUUUUGAAAAAAAGCAUAUUUUUCAAAAUUAAAAUUUUUAAAAAUUUUACUUUGAAACCAAAUUUUUUCAAAAAUAAGCACUUUGAACCGAUGAAACUUACAGAUCAUAUAAACACAACAUAAGUAAAAUAAUUUGUGGAGCGGUAACGAUUAAUCUCAUUUAAGUUGCUAAUUAGAGGGUGGUUUCCCGAUUUUUUUUUUUUGCAAAAACAAAAGGGACCAUAUUUAUUUUGAGCGUAACUUGCAUAAAUUUAAUGCUAGAAACUUUUUGUAAAAACAGAAAUAAAGCUUUUUUUAAACACUUUAAAAAAGUUAAAACGGGUUUUCCCCAAAAAGUGCUUAAUUUUUUGGAUAUUUCACGUCGAAAUAUUCUAUUUGAAAUUUGGUGAAUAUGACUCUAUUUUUCAUUGGCUAUAACUCUGGUUCUACGAGAUCCAGAGACCUAACGCGUACACCAUUUUUUUACUUUUUUAUAGUCUAUAUUUUUGCUAAGAACUUUUUUUCGACAAAAUACUUACUUUUUGAGUUAUUUGCGAAAAACCGUCUAAAAAUGUGGUUAUUUUGUGGAAAAAUAGACAUAUUCACUCGCAAAUAACUCGAAGUGUUGACUUAGCGAAAAAGCUCUAUAGAACAAAAGUUACUUAAAAUUAGUCAGUUUACCCAUUUCCGGACUUAUUUUAGACAUAUUUUUUCACCCCCGAGAGGGGGUGAAAGUCACCCCCAGGGCAAAAGCACACAUCGGCACAAUAUCACUUUUUUUCUUUGACACGUAAGCUAUACCUAUGCCAAAUUUCAUGUCAAUCCAAGCGGUUCUUUAAAAUUUAGAGCAAAAACCGUGAAAGAAUGGACUAUAUAAUAAUAUAUAAGGCACGUCUCAAAAAUAUUCAUGUUAAGAAUAUAAAAAUUACGUUAUAUAAAAACAUUGAACAGAGGUGAUAUUACAAUAAUUAUUUAUUUUAUUUAGUUUUAUUGUUAACAAAUAUUUUUAAGUUGAUAUUAUAUAAUACCAAGUAUGAUAAGAGUUCCUUCACAAAUUAAACAACUGUACUCUGAUAAAAAAACAUCCAUACAUCCAUAAAAUAAUUAUACUGACUUAAUAUAAGAUGUUAUUAGAAUUUUACAUAAAAGAAAGAUAAAAUAGAUUCUUUAAAUCACUUAUUGAGGUUACUUAACCUUAACUAAUCCUGCGCUACUACUUUCAGUAAACUAAUUGAGAAGUUGGAGUGAGAUAUUUAAAAACAUGUAAACUUAAUUUAAGUACUUAACAAAGUAAAAUGCAUAGAUACAUUAAGUUACUACAAGUGUAUAGUAGUUUCAACCUAAGAUGCAACUUUGUACGAUUUGCAGAACAAAAUUUGUAGGUACAAUCCUUGCAAGUAAAAUGCAAAAUACAGGGUGUAACAAAAAUACAGGUCAUAAAUUUAAUUGCGUAUUAUGGGACCAAAAAUAGUUCGAUUGAACCUAACUUACCUUAGUACAAAUGUGCACGGAAAAAAAGUUACAGCCCUUUGAAAUUACAAAAUGAAAAUUGAUUUUUUCCAAUAUAUCAAAAACUAUUAGAGAUUUUCUAUUAAAAAUGGACAUGUGGUAUUGUUAUGGCAGUAUUAUUUUAGGAAAAAAUUAGAAUUAAUUUUGGACACCCCAUAAAAAAUUUAUGGGGGUUUGUUUCCUUUAAACCCCCCAAACUUUUGUGUACGUUUCAAUUUAAUUAUUAUUGUAGCGCCAUUAGUUAAACACAAGUAAUUAAAAACUUUUUUGUCUCUUAGUACUUUUUCCAAAAGUCAGUUUUUAUCGAGAUAUUUGAAUAUUUGUCAAAUCCACCACAUAUUUGUAUAUGGUAAAGUACGAUUAUGGAGACUUUGUAAUAUGUAAUAUGAAAAUGUAUUUAUGAUUUACAUUUUUAGGUAUAUUUUGAACCAUAUUAAAAAAGAAGCCACAUCUCGAUAAAAGAUGCUUCAUCAAAAAAAUAAAAAGAGGCAAAAAAUUUUAAAAACACUGUGUUUACCUAAUGGUACCGCAGUGAUAGUUUAAUUGGAACGUAUACAAACAUUUGGGGGGUUUAAAGGAACAAAACCCCAUAAAAUUUUUAUGUAAACAUGUUAAAAAAGAAGCCGCAACUUGAUAAAAGCUGCCUUAUCAAAAAAUACUAAGAGGCGAAAAAGUUUUAAAAAUAUAUAAUUGAACUAAUGGCACCAGAAUAAUAAUUUAUUUGAAACCGACACAAAAGUUUGGGGGGUUUAAGGGAACAAAACCCCCAUAAAAUUUUUAUGGGGUGCACAAAUUUCACUAUAAUUUUUCUUUAAGAUGUUCUUGCCAUAAGAAUGCCACAUGUCCAUUUUCAACAAAAAAUCUCUAAUAGUUUUCGACAUAUUCGAAAAAAUCGAUUUUCAUUUUGUAACUUCAAAGGGCUGUAACUUUUUUUUGUGUGCAUAUUUGUACUAAGGUAAGUUAGGUUCAUUCGAACUAUUUUUGGUCCCAAAAUAUGUGGUUUAAUUUAUGACCUGUAUUUUUGUUACACCCUGUAUUUUUGUAUAAUAUGUACAAAUUAAUGAUUAAUUUUUGGGACAAAUCAAAUUUAAAAUAGUAGGAAAGCAUUUUAAAAACCAUAUACAUAAAACCAAAUAAUAUGUGUAUGUAACUGUUUAGUGACACGAGAAGAUACUACGAAAAUAUUUUCAGUUUAUUGAAAAUAUGUAUAAAUCAAUGUAACUUAAAUUUUUUUUAAUAGCUACCUAUAUAUUUUUUUGGCGAAUGGAUUUAGCGUCCGCAGUCAUAUAAACCCAAACAAACAACAAAUAUAAUUUUGUGAUACAUAGGCACAUAAUAUUAUGUCAUUUAGCCCCUAGUUUUUUUUAUUUCAUAAAAUUUUUUAGAAAAAAUAAAGUUGUUCCAAAAUUU